UGAUUAAGUCUUUUAGCAAUUAAUUUAUUGGGUAUUAUUAUUUAUUCAUUAUUUCAUUGAGUUAAAGAGUUGGUUUGUUUACUUAACGGAGAGCUAUGUGAUGCAGGAAAGCGGAUUAUUGCCGAUAUAUGGCCGAAAUCAAAACUGGUGAUGAAAAAUCAUUAGUCGCGGAAGAGUCGUUAAAAACAUAUAAGAAAGCAAUGGACGUAGCAGUGGUUCAAUUUUCACCUAUUCAUCCAACCCGCUUAGGCUUGGCAUUAAAUAUUGCUGUUUUUUACUACGAGGUUUCAAAUUCUUAUCAAAGGGCAUAUCAGUUGGCAAAGGAAACUUUUGAAGAGGCUAUGUUAGAGUUGGAUGGUUUAGGCGGCAGGGCUUACUCGAAAGACAGCAAGGUUAUCCUGAAUCUUUUGAGGGAUAACCUUACACUAUGGAAGGCCGAGAAUGAUGAAAGCAACCUUUGAAACAUACACUUCAUAUUCAUGAAAGAAACAUGUGAUUUUAUAAUGCAUGAAAGAAACAUGUGAAACAAAUAGCUAAGCUUGUUCAGAAUAAUAUGUUAAACAUCUCUGAUUUUAUAAUACGAAGUAUGUAUUGAC